AUGGAAUCUCUUGCCUCCAGGGCAGUAGUUGAGGCUUCCUUUCUGCUCGCUCGAGCGAGUGACCGCGACCGCACUGCGAUUCAGGAAUAUCGCCAGUACUGCACCCACGACACCUGUCCGCUCAGCGCAUAUUACUGGGGGUACCGACCACCUUUGGGUGCCAACCGUACGUUUCUGAUUCUAUUCAGAUUAUCGACCCUGGCGUACGCCGGUCAAGGCUUCCUCAACAAAGCAUGGCUUGGCUUUACAAUCGCGAUGGGGUGCGGCUGCGCGCUGGAAGUGAUUGGCUACGUUGGCAGAAUCGCCCCGGCUUUUCUCGCAGCUGGUAUAUACCUCUACCUAUUUCGUAUUGUCAGCACCUUCGGCACUGAGAACUCGCACAUCAAGCAACUGUCCUGUCCUUGCAUCUUCAUUCUAUGCGACAUUGCAUCUUUGGUCCUCCAAGCACUCGGCAUUGGUAUCGCAAGUGUAAAGAACCAACAGAACGAGGACCCAACUGUUGCCAACAACAUCAUGAUAGCAGGUCCCGCCUUCCCGGUUAUUACCCUACUUAUCUUCAUCAUCCUUGCUCUGGACUUCGCAAGUCGUAUUAUCGGCCGCAUUUGCAGGCUUGGCCACGAUGCGCUUGACCCACGACACGCAAAGCUGCCCAACUCGUGGCAGCCCAAGGGCUUCAUCGUAGCUUUGUCCUUCACAACGCUGUGUAUUCUCCCUCGAUUCGUAUACAGAGUCGCUGAGUUGAGUGAGGGCUGGAGUGGGCACUUGAUUAAGACCCAACGAUACUUCAUUGGGCUUGAGGGCGCGGUCGUCUUGGCUGCGGUCCUAUCACUGAGCCUCUUUCAUCCAGGGCUUUGCUUCUGAGAGGCUUUAGAUGCCAGGACUGAGUCCAAGAAGAAUGGCAACAGGACGUGAAAAGGCAAGACGAGGACCGUGGCUGGUGAGCAGAGCAGUGAAGAAGAAAUUAAGGUUGAAGCCUAGCCAUCCGCAUUCCCAAUCUCCCCAGAACAGACUUGAGAUGUCAUAAUAUCAGCUUGGUCCAAUUG